CCAAUCGCCUGCUCUGCUCACACCCUAUCUUUCAGUCAGCCAUUGCUGAGCAAUAAUUAUGAAUGAGGCUUGUUGUUUUUUCCUCUGUGUGUGUGUGCGUGCGCGUGUGUGUGUAAGUGUGUGCCGCCAGACAACCAAUGAGACUGGAAAGCAAACUGCAUUCACAGGCUGCCGAUUUGAGGCAGAGGCACAGAGAUGACUUUUCCACGCACACACACUUUGUGUUGUAGGGAAGUCAUCUGUGAUGCCGUUUCUACCAUUAUAACCUUUACUAUUUUUUCUUCCUUCCUUCUCCAUCUUUCGGGUGACAGCUAACCCCAGUCCGAUGCCAUUUUGGACGUCCCAGUGAGAACUCUCAGAGAUGCCUAUUCUCUCGGGAGGCAGCGAUCAAGACUAUAGCAACAUUAGCUACACUUCUUGUAGUUCCCUGAACCGUUUCUUUCCUGUCUCUGUUGAGACCCCGUCUGUCAAAGGGGUCCAUUACCAAAGAGCCAGGAGGAUUUACCACUCGGAUCAGCUCUGCAAAGUCGAUCUGAAGAGGGAAAUCAUGAUCAAUGUUGGAGGCAUCAAGUACCUGUUACCGUGGAGCAUGUUGGAUGAAUUCCCACUCACCCGGCUGAGCAAGCUAAAGUUUUGCAGCAGUUACGAGGAAAUUAUUCAGCUCUGCGACGAUUACGAUGAAGACACCCAAGAGUUCUUCUUUGAUAGGAACCCCAGUGCUUUCGGGAUGAUUGUCAGCUUCCUGGCAGCGGGGAAGCUGAUGCUCUUGCGAGACAUGUGUGCUUUGUCAUUCCAGGAGGAGCUGAGGUACUGGGGGAUUGAAGAGUCCAACCUGGAGAACUGCUGCUUCCGAAAGCUGUUUCAGAAACUGCAGGAGCUGGCAGAGAUGCGCAAGGAGGACAUGCAAAGGGGCCAGGAUACCGCAUGUGUCUUGGAUGAGAAGACCAAAUGCGGAGAGUUCAUGAACAGACUCAGGGACAUGGUAGAAAACCCUCAAUCCGGACUCCCAGGCAAAGUCUUUGCUUGUCUCUCCAUUCUCUUCGUGGCCACCACAGCCAUAAGCCUUUGUGUUAGCACAAUGCCGGACUUAAGAGCUGAGGAAGACAGGGGCGAAUGUUCUCAGAAGUGCUAUUACAUCUUUGUCAUUGAGACCAUCUGUGUGGCUUGGUUCUCGCUGGAGUUCUGCCUACGAUUCAUCCAGGCGAAGAGCAAGUGUCAAUUUUUCAAAGGGCCCCUAAAUAUCAUUGACUUCUUGGCUAUUUCACCUUAUUAUGUUUCUCUUAUUGUGCUGGACGAUGACCCAGGGGAGGAGACCGAGAGAUCGAGCAGCAACUCAUAUUUGGAAAAGGUUGGACUGGUGCUACGAGUCUUACGUGCCUUGAGGAUCUUGUAUGUGAUGCGCCUUGCCAGGCACUCCUUGGGCCUGCAGACUUUGGGGCUCACCGUUCGAAGAUGCACCCGGGAAUUUGGCCUGCUUUUGCUCUUCUUGUGCGUAGCAGUCACGCUGUUUUCCCCUCUGGUCUAUCUCGCUGAGAAUGAAUCUGGCAAGGUCCUGGAAUUCACAAGCAUUCCAGCCUCAUACUGGUGGGCCAUCAUCUCCAUGACCACAGUGGGAUACGGAGACAUGGUACCAAGAAGCGUCCCAGGUCAGAUGGUGGCUCUCAGUAGCAUCCUCAGUGGGAUACUAAUAAUGUCUUUCCCAGCAACUUCCAUAUUCCACACGUUCUCCCAUUCCUAUUCAGAGCUGAGGAAAGAGCAUGAAAGACUACAGUCUCAGCUCAACCGAAUAAAAAACCCCAAUCACUCUGCUGGAAGUGACACCUUCAAUGAGACAGACAGCUUGAUUUUGGAGGACCCAGCCUCCCCAAUCAAGUACAGUUACACAAGAACCUAAACCUGGCUGCAAAGCCUCUGGGAGGGCAACAAUAAUUGAUCAGUGUAAUGUGCAAAGCCAAGCAGAGCAACAACAUGGGUGACUUGUCGUUUCUAAUGCAAUUUCUUUUUGCCAAUGUGGGCAGACCAGAUUGAGCAAGCCAACUGGAGUCUUGCAGCACACCACUGUGGAGAUAGUGAGCUUUAAGGAUGUCUAAGGUUGGGGGUUAUUCAAACAACAAAUAUCUACUCUUCACUACUGCUCACUUUUUAUUGAUAAAGCUAAUAAGGAAGUCCAACUUUGCCUAUAUUAGUUAUAUAACCUGCUGAAUUCCUAACACUGAAUGAGUAACAAGCAGAACAGCUUUUGCUGACAUAAGUAACACCUGUUGUUUCACUUGCCUUUGAGUUUCCAAUGUUCUUUGCAAUUAACACCUAGAGCCAAUUACCAGAAUGGAUUCUUGUAGGGCUACGCACCAUUGCCAGUUAUAAAGUGCUCAUGAACAGGCGUAUAGAAGAAUCCAUGAUGCCGAUACACAUUCUAUAUCUAAGGCACUAACAAGCUUAAGUGAAGUACUGUAUAUGAAAGCUUUUAAAGCUCAUUCUGCAGUCAGAUGCUCAAACCUAUAAAUAAAGGAUUGCACUGCUACUGUCAAUGACUUAUAUAGUGCUUGUAAGAGAGUCUGCUUGAAAUGCAAUUUCAGCCUGCCCUCUGUAAACAUUUCAGAUGAGAUAGAUGAAGUUUUAAGUUUUCAGAUUAUUUUCUUUCACAUACUUGAGCUAAUGAGAGAAUAAAAAAGGUGUAGUGACUAAAAAAAAAAAAAAAAAAGAAUCAGUGUUUUCCUGUAUAUUGGAUUGGGAUGGCAUCACAACAUGUGAAAAAAGGUCAAAAUGAAAACAAAUAUAUAUUGCAGACAGCAGACGUGGAAUCAGCCAAUAAAUAUUCAAAGGGUACGUAUGUUAUAUAUUGUGAAGAAUUAUUUCUUGGCUUAUCACGAUGGUUUCCUAGAGGAAGUCGUGGAGGAUAACUCAUUUCAUGCUCAUUUUGGGGGACAUUCAGCUAGAUGGAACAAGGUACUAGGUCUCAUGGGAUAUCUUAGAUGGCCUUGAUGGUCUUACCCAACUCUGCUUUCUGAGAUACGGUGAAUUAAGUUAAUUAGGACUAAAUCCACAGUUCAUGGGCAGCACCUAUA